UAUUUCUGUUACAAGAUAUUUAAUACUGCUCGCUGUGACCAUGGUGGGAGCGAUGGUGCUCUGCACCGUGUUCAAGGAGGAGGUGCAGCUGCCAUGGUGGGGGCUUCUCUUCGCCUGCGCCAUCGCCUUCGUCCUCACGCUCCCGAUCAGUGUCAUCACCGCCACCACAAACACGCCGGGGAGUCCGAUAGCAAACGUGUGCUUCAAGGUCUACGGCUACAUGAGCAUGAACCAGUCCGUCUCCUUCCUUCAAGACUUAAAGCUUGGCCAUUACAUGAAGAUCCCGCCGAGAUCCAUGUCCCUAGUUCAGUUCAUCGGCCGGCACGGUUGUCGCGUCAACGGUGAACACGAUAGUGGCGUGGUGGCUGCUGACGAUGGUGCCGCACAUCUGCGAGAAGAACCUCCUCCGGAGGGCAGCCCGUGGACGUGCUCCGGCGACCACGUCUUCUUCGACGCAUCUGUGAUCUGGGGCCUGGUCGGCCCGCGCCGCAUCUUCGGGCUGCUCGGCUACUACAAUGCGCUCAACUGGUUCUUCCUCGGCGGCCUGAUCGGCCCGGUGAUCGUGUGGCUCCUGGCCAGCGCGCUGCCCGGGCACGCCUGGUGGAUCAGGCUCGUCAACCUGCCGGUGCUCCUCGGGGCCACGGGGAAUCGGGGAUCAUGCCUCCGGCGUCGGCGCUCAACUACACGGCGUGGUGCUUCGUGGGCACGGUGUUCAACUUCUUCGUGUUCCGGUACCACGAGGGGUGGUGGAAGCGGUACAACUACGUGCUGUCGGCGGCCAUUGGUCAUCUACUUCGCGCUGUCCAUGGGCGGAGACCAGCUCGACUGGUAG